ACAAAGGAUGAAAGAGGGGCGUGGGGAGGCUGGAAGGCGUCCCUACCUCGCCUCGCCAGGCAAAACCCGCCCCAGCAGUCUGCUGGGGAGUGGGGACCUGGAGCAAGAUAAACUUGGGGCUUGGGAUAUUUGAAUGCCACAAAAAUUGCCGUCCUUCCCAAAGAGGCAGGGAGAGAAGAGCUGAGUGCGUGCGCGAGCUGAGUGCUUACGUCGCAGCGAGCUCUGUGCUGGGAUAAUUAGAGAGGAGUUGAGCUGAGCUGAGUCCUCUUUUAGCAGCAGCAGCAGCCGGAGCCGCAGCAGCAACCCGGAGGGGUGCACCGGACCCUGGUCACUCCCAGCGCGCAGGGAGAGGCGGCUGCCGCGCCCACCGCCCCGGCGGCUCUGGGUGCACAAAGGCAGCGGCCGCCUGCGUGGCCUUUUCCAUCCAGGCGUUCGGGUCCCCUCCCUCCCUUCUCUCCCGAAGGCGAAAAUGGCAGGGCCGGGCGGGGACCUGGGACAGCGGUGGCCCUAGCUCUGCMGUCCCCACCCCUCCUGCUGAGAGGCAGCGCGUUGCCCUCAGAUGAUGCCGCCCCAGCUACUCCCGAGUGAGUCUUCGGCCCGGGUCCCSGSUCUCGCCCCUCUUCUCUGUUCSUUCCAUACCGCCGAGWGGAGUUGAUGCUGCUGUCGCCCCCKCUGCCGCCACCGCCGCCGAAGCCUGGGCUGAUGGAUGCCAGGGAGUGCCGCAUUGCUUAGCGUCCCCRCCUCCGGGUUUGCUGACACUCUCUCCCCGCCCUGGAUCUCAGCGCUGAAGAACCACCUUAUUAUUAAUCAGAAUUCCCAUCGUUAUCCCUGGCAGGCGCAUCCUUCAGUAGGAACUGCAGAAACAUCACUGUGCCGGGGCUGAGAUGUGCGUGGGGGUUGUUUUUAUUACAUCUUGGAAGACAAGAGAAGAGGACCGCACCAUGAUCAGAACCCCUCGUGCUAGGUGGGAUUAGGGGUGUUUCAUUCAGAGAGAAAGGACCAGAAGGAGCAGGGAGCAGGGCCCUCCAGAGGUCCACAUUUCUUUAAAGAAGAGGGAACUAAACAGGGCGUUGUUUUUAGGGGUUUGGGGGAAAGUUUAUAUCCUCCACAGUAAAGCUGUUAGAAAGCAAGUGCAACAGGGUACUUGAUUAAUCACAAAGAUCAAUUCUUUCCUGUAAAGGAGAAGCAGGCAGCAGGGAGGUCUGGGGCCAGAGUGUGGAAGUGGCAAAGGCCAGGUUUGUUGUGGGACAGUCAACCAGAGCUUCAGAGCAAAGGCUCUGGAACAACAGAACAAUGACUCAUUUACAAGCUGGUCUCUCCCCUGAGACCCUGGAGAAAGCUCGCCUGGAACUGAAUGAGAACCCAGACACGCUGCACCAGGACAUCCAGGAGGUGAGGGAUAUGGUCAUCACUAGACCGGACAUUGGCUUCCUGCGCACUGAUGAUGCUUUCAUCUUACGCUUCUUGCGGGCGAGGAAGUUUCAUCACUUUGAGGCCUUCCGCCUCUUGGCCCAAUACUUUGAGUAUCGUCAGCAGAACCUGGACAUGUUCAAAAGCUUCAAGGCCACUGACCCUGGCAUCAAGCAGGCGCUGAAAGAUGGUUUCCCUGGGGGCUUGGCCAAUCUGGACCACUAUGGCAGGAAGAUUCUAGUCCUUUUUGCUGCCAACUGGGAUCAGAGCAGGUACACACUGGUGGAUAUUCUGCGUGCCAUCUUACUUUCUUUAGAAGCCAUGAUUGAAGAUCCUGAGCUUCAAGUCAAUGGGUUUGUUUUGAUCAUAGACUGGAGUAACUUCACCUUCAAGCAAGCCUCUAAACUUACGCCAAGCAUGCUGCGAUUAGCUAUUGAAGGUCUUCAGGAUAGUUUCCCAGCACGAUUUGGAGGAAUUCAUUUUGUCAAUCAACCCUGGUACAUCCAUGCCCUGUACACUGUGAUCCGGCCUUUCCUGAAGGAGAAGACUCGGAAAAGGAUAUUUCUGCAUGGUAACAAUCUGAACAGUCUACACCAACUAAUUCAUCCUGAGAUCCUGCCCUCUGAGUUUGGAGGAAUGCUGCCCCCUUAUGACAUGGGAACAUGGGCAAGAACACUGCUAGACCACGAGUAUGACGAUGACAGUGAGUACAACGUGGACUCCUACAGCAUGCCUGUGAAGGAAGUAGAAAAGGAGCUCUCCCCAAAGUCCAUGAAGAGAUCCCAAUCAGUAGUGGACCCCACUGUACUAAAGCGCAUGGAUAAAAACGAGGAAGAAAACAUGCAACCUUUGCUUUCUCUGGACUAAUAACUUCUCCACGCCCACUCCACGGAUUAGAAAUGGAAGGUACUAGUUUUCAGCAACAGGGCUAGCACUGUGGGGGAAUUACCAGCUGGAAAUCUAUUUAUUCAUGUUAAUGUAGCAUAAUAUAUAAUAAGGCAUCAGGCUUUCUCAUUUGCCUGAACCAUGGGUGCCCUGGGCUGGAUUUAAAAAAAAAUGUCAAUAAUUUAUUCUGUAAGUGCCAAGUUCUUUGUAAAUACAAUGUAAUCUUCAUGUCAAGUUUGUAAAUUUUGGUAGCUAUUUACUUUGGGAAAGAUUGACUCAAAACUUGAAGCCAGUGAUAUGAGCUAUAACAAAAAGCAGAAAAGACGCAUAAAGUAUCAAAGGUAAUUUAAAUGUAGCCCUGUUUCCUAUGAAGCCAUAUUUCUGCUCUCAUAGUGAAUAGUUUCCUUGUUUUGUCUCUGAAACUCAAUAUUCAAGUAUACUUUGGGCACAAGAMACUAUAGAAAUUAUUGUAAUUAAUGUAUUCCUAUUUAGUGAUAUUCACUUCAGACAGAAUGUGUCCUAGGACUAUCACUGGCUUUGCAUUCUGGAGACAGAGAAUGACAGAUGAGCUGGUGAACUAAACACUUGAACUCUUUCAUGUUCAUUCCUGGAGUCUUGCAAAAAGAUGUCUCCCCACUUAA